AAGUGAGAAUCCACAUCGGGAAGACUUCGUGUGCGAAUAGCAGGAUGCUAUGCCCCUGAGUUUUCGUGUCACGUGCGGAUCCAUAUGAUUAUUAUUGAUAACUUUGCGCGUAUUGCAGUCCAUGUUAUCCCAGAGGACAAUGGCAUAAAAGAACUUGUCAAAUGAGCCCCAGCAGUGUGGUUGGAUCUUCACAUAGAAGACUGUGUUUUAAAAGUGAUGGAAGAGUCAAAUAAAAGUCAUUCAAAGAUGUACCCAGUGAAGGGCAGUACAAGAUUUGUCAAUUAAGUAUGUUGCUUGAACAGAUAUGUAGCAGAGCUCCGUUCUCCACAGUAUGUGUACUUAAACACGACUUCAUCAAUGUGAUUUGUUGUUACUAAGUAAGACAAAAUACUGGCUGUUUAAAGAACACAUCAGAUUACAUGGCUUCUGCAACCAAAUCUGAACCCAAGCCAGCAUCAUGGUGCAGCUACUUUUUCUUGUAUGACACCUCAAAAGUGAGGGAAGAAGGAGACCUGACAAGAGAGGGCAUUUGUUACUUUUAUCCUCCUCAGACUGCCCUUGAUCAGCAAGAACUACUUUGUGGCCAAAUUGCAGGUGUUGCUCGCUGUGUGACUGAAAUUUCUGCUUCUCCUCCUACUCUGAUUCGCAUGAGAAAAUUAAAAUUUGCCAUAAAGGCUGAAAACCACUAUAUUUGGGCACUGGGCUGCAUUAUAGAAGUUCCAGAUAGAAGCUGCUUGCAUUUUCUGGAUCAAUUAAUUGGAUUGUUUGAGUUUUAUAAUGGUCAAGUCAGACAUGCGUACCAGGCUUGCUCCCAGGAUAGUCUUGGCAGUGAGUGGGACCUUUACGUGGAACACAUUCAGAGGAACACUAAUGAGCUGCACAUGAUAUUCAAUUCACUUUGGGCUGUUGACAGAACCAAGGUAGAACCUCUACUGUUACUGAAAGCAGCUCUCAUUUUACAGACCUGUCAGCGUUGUCCUUAUGUAUUAGGAGGAUGUAUUCUGUAUGGAGGCCAGAUUGUAAGUACACAAUUGCCACCUCAACUCACUGCUAAAGUACUGUUCCAGAAUUCAAGGUCAAACCCUGAGAGUGCAUCUGAAGGUGAAGAUGAGACUCCUGAUCAAGCAGAUCCUAGUAACCUGCCCCAGAAUGUCAGUAUUAUCUCUGUUUUCCUCACUGAAGAGGAAGCUACACUGCUUCGUUGCUAUCCAGUUGAGUGGAUGAGCGGCUUGCCUAUUUCUCCUUUGAGUAAGACAUUUGAAAGAAAGUCAGUACGUUUAUCCAGAACACUCUCAGACAUCUCAACAUCUACUGAUGCCACCAAAAUGAGCAGACAGGAAGCAAAUGAAAAAGAACAGCUCUGCAAUGCUGUUGCGGGAGAGAGGACAUCAUCACUUGAUCCGGCAAGCCAUUUCGGAACGCAGUAUUUGUCCAAGGAUUUUCAGAAUAAAAUACUGGAGCAACAUUCUGGUAAUGUUUUGAGCACUUCUGAUAAGGAAUGCCAACCAUGUUUUUCUUCACCAGUACUUUCAUCUUCGGUCCAUGUAUGCAGUGAGCCAUCCUCAUUUCAAACAAAAAUCAGUAGUCCUGUUUCUGUAUCUGCACCUGGGGGUAUCAGCUGUAAAGCUAAUGAAUAUGCUUCUCAUACAGUUGUACAUAAUGUCCUUGAAUCUGAUAUAAGUAAUGUAAAUAUUAAUGAACUGAAACUUUAUGAUGUUGCAGACUACACGGAUCAGCAUAGAUCAAGAGAUCAGACUUCAUUAGCAAAUUGUAGCAGCAAUCAUUUAGAUGACACUAGCUUUUUGGCAGACUUUGGUUGUGCCCAAAAGGCAGAGCAUGGUGAAAUGCCGUUGGGUAGUAAUGACCUUAACUGUAGUCAGUGUUUGACAUUGCCACAAGAAACAGAUGCCGUGGUUGAUGGGAUCAUAGAACUUGGCAAACAGAACAUUGAGCAAAAAACUGAUGGGACAUGGUCAUUGUGUUCAGAGCGUACUUUAAAUGUUCAGGAAGUAAUAGGAUCAUAUUCUUCUGUGGAGCAGGAUGAUGGAAAUGAAUGGCCAACAGCAUCAGGGAGCAUUCCUUCUGAACAAAACCAUGACUCAAGAAGUUCAAAUAGUGGAGAGAAGUUUGUAAAAAUGAAGCUGUAUGUUCAUAGAGUUAAAAGAUUAGCACUUUUAUUGCUUGCUGAGGAGGGAUUUGAGAACAACAGAAGUUCCAUUGAAGAUGUGCACUACAGCAGCUUGGCAUCCUUGAAUGGACUAGAAGUACAUCUUAAGGAGACUUUACCCAAGGAGCAGUCAACUGCAAAAAUUACAUACUAUUUUACUCACUAUGACUGCAUUCAGAACAUGCUUCAAACAAAUCUUCCAGAGUAUCACUGCACUCAGGAUCAGCAGUUCAUGAGGGCUGUCAACCUCGUUCAUUCAGACUUCAACAACUUUACAACUUUACAUGAGAUGAUUGUGAGAAAUGCUACUACAGCUGUUUAUGCCUGUCAGAACUCUGCACAGGAAACGUACUUUCAGCAUCUUCAGACUCCCAUCCGUAAUUCUGGACUACCAAAUCAACAAGACAGUGCCUUCAGCUUACCAGGAAAAGCAAAGCAAAAAUUACUAAAACAUGGUGUAAAUUUGUUGUGAUUUUUUUAAAGAAUUGACACUCAUCAGGAACUGCUGCAGCAGAUUUAGCAAGUGUAAUCUUCUGACUGUAUAAUAAUUUCACAUAAACAGUUUUGCACAUACUGAUUAAAAAUAUUGCUGUAAAAUAUAAUUUCUCUUAAAAUGUUUAUGAAGAAGCAACUAUUAAAUGUGCUUCAGUUA